CCAAAUAUUUGUUAUUCCCUCGAGCGCCGCCUUCCCCCAUUUUAGAUCUGAAACCUUCUCGAGCUUUCCUUGCCCUAGGUUUGAUCUCUGUUCUCUCAAGCUUAGUUUUUGAAUUUCGCUCAGUCCCAAUCCGCUCUUUUUGUCUCUUCGCUUUCUCACGGCUUAAUAUUCUUCUGGAUCUCGCCUGCCGACUCUUCAAUCACCCGCCAACGAGGAUUUCUUCGAGACGAAAAUGCCUAAGAUUAAGACGAACCGUGUCAAGUACCCGGAGGGAUGGGAGUUAAUCGAACCAACUCUCCGAGAACUGCAAGCUAAGAUGAGAGAAGCCGAGAAUGACCCACAUGAUGGUAAGAGAAAAUGCGAGACGUUGUGGCCUAUAUUCAAAAUAGCGCAUCAGAAAAGCCGCUAUAUCUUUGACCUCUAUCAUCGAAGGAAGGAGAUAUCCAAGGAAUUAUUUGAAUUCUGUUUGGACCAAGGCUAUGCAGAUCGUAACUUAAUUGCAAAAUGGAAGAAGCCUGGUUAUGAACGUUUGUGUUGCCUAAGAUGCAUGCAACCCCGAGAUCAUAACUUUGCGACAACAUGCGUGUGCCGGGUUCCCAAGCAUCUGAGGGAGGAGAAGGUUAUCGAGUGUGUGCAUUGUGGUUGCAGGGGCUGUGCAAGUGGAGAUUGAUAUCUUCUCCCUGGCAGUUUGUCUCUCUAAUCAUAUAACUACAGACAGCUUUGAGACUCUUCGUACUCUUGAGCUGUAAGCUCUAAUUGUAACUUUUUCACUAUGUACUUACUCUGUUCAUACGCAUUGAGUUGCCAUUAUCUGGGAAAGACAGGUUCAUAUAAAUAUUUAUUUUCCCUUGGGCAUGAUUGUGUUGUGACAUAGGAAGAAAGCAAAUUUUUCUUGCGUCAACAAAUGGAUCGCUUUAUUGUGAAUCACUGUAGUUUUGUUAUAGAUGGUAUGGUAUGGUAAAAUCUGGUUCAAACUA